UAGUAAAGUCUAAAUGGCUAUUGUGCUUUUUUGCCUUUUCUUUUUCUUAUUUCCCCACAAAACCCAUUAAAGAACAUUUAUAACCUUUCAUACCCUCACAAUCAACGCACCACAACAAAAUGUCUGGAUAUCCAAAUAAUAACACAGCAGCUAAUGAGAAUAUACAACAGCAGGACCAAAGCGACCAACUACCUAUAACAGCCUUGAUUAAUGGUGUCCCAUUGCCUGCGCCAUCGCAGGUGCAGCCUGGGGCAGAUGCACAACUCGGUGGUCAGUUGGACAGUGUCGAAUACAUAUCCUCAUCUCGUCCACCUGUAGGACCGUUGGACCUACCCAGUGAUGAUAUGGCGAAUGCGUCUCCUCCUGCACAUCUUUCUCAUCCUCCUAUUCAGGCCCAGCACGGCUCUACUCCACAAAAUGAUAUCAACAAGCAGUCCAUGGGAACACAAACAGAACAACAGAAUAAUAGCCCUAUAGUCCAUGUUGCAUCAGAGGAAGCUGUUGCUGCGGCACGAUCCGCAAAAGCCGUAGAUGCUGCGGAUGCCGCUGCUCAAUCAAGACGAGGUCGUCGUCGAUCGUCCUUAGCCGUAUUGGCGGAUAAGUUUCGUGAUAAGCCCUGGUCUCGAUCACAUUCGCGCGGUAGAGACAAAAGUGGAGAAAAAGAUGAAUUCACACAACCUCUUCCUCGUUCACGUUCGAAUUCAUCUUUUGGUCGCCGUCUAUCGCUCACAUUCUCUCGUCAUGCUCAUGAUGAGGACGAAGAAGAGCAUGCGGCGGCAGCAGGGCCAUAUAAAGCUGCCAAGUUGGCACAACAAGAGUAUAUGGCAAAAAUCAGGGCUGAACAAGAGAGAUUGGGUAUUACACACAAUGUUGAUGGAUUGCCAAUACCUCAGCAGGAUCAAGGGCAACGUCGUAGAUCGAGUGUAACUCACCUCUUGGGACUGGACAAGCCCUUGUUGUCAAGAUAAUAAAAG